AUGGCACCGGUUCAGCCCCAAAAUGCAGAUGCUCAUCCCCCAUGGUACACCCCUCAGAGGCUUCUGGCGCUCUUCUGCUGGGUCACAUUCCUGGUCUACCUCGACCAGGGAGUCAUAUCCAGCAACGGUGUCAACCGUCAGAUCCAGGUUGUGAGCUAUGCUGCUUUAACACUUGCUUUUCCUCCUGCGCAGGCACAAUUCAACGUGGGAAACGUGGGCGAUGGCACGCUGCCCUCUGCUUUUCUGGCAGGCCUCCUCAUCGCCUCCAUUGUCUACUCUGAGCUGACCACCAGAUUCAACGCCUUCCGCAUGAUAGGGUUUGGGUUUGGCGUGUGGGCAAUUGCAUCUGUGGGUUGUGGCCUUGCGCCAAACUUUUGGGUCCUGCUAAUAUGCCGAGUUGUCAUGGGCGCUGGUGAAGCAUCCAUUAUCACGCUGACUGGACCCUUCAUCGAUGACGUGGCGCCGCCAGCCCAGAAGACCCUCUGGUUUGGCGUGCUCAAUCUGUUCCCAACACUUGGCAUUGCUGCCGGCUACAUAUUUGGCGGUCUCAUUGGCCCUCUGCUUGGGUGGCGUUACGCAUUCUUCAUUCAGGCUCUGAUAGGCCUGCCCGUUGUCAUCUGGGCGCUGCUGGCAUCACCCAUCAAUCUCCAGACCAUGCAUGACGACGAGGAUGUGCCUAGCAAUACACUGGCAGGUGUGUAUGGCACGGCGCCACUGGCUAAAACAGGCUGGCUGACAUCACUGGGGCGGGAUUUGUUGAUCCUGGGCAGGCACCCGGUCUUUGUGCUCAACAUGCUUGCCUACUGCCCUGUCCAGGGUGCCUUCGGCUCCUACAUCUUCUGGGGCCCCAAGGCGGGGUACGAGCUGUUCGAUCUCCCGCAGGAGACAAUAGACCUGACGUUUGGCGUGGUCACAAUAGCGACCUCCAUCGUGGCGGUGUUGCUAGGUGGCCUCUUCAUAGACAUGGUCGGCUCCUCCAUCCGCAACGCAAUGAUCUUCUGUUCAGCCGGCGCCCUGGUGGGGCUGAUUGUGAUAGAGGCGGGCUUCAUGUUUGCGCCGUCCUUCCCGGUGCUCAUUGGCAUGUUCGCCCUGGGCGAGCUGGCGCUCUUUGCCGGCCAGGCACCAUGCAGCGCGGUGCAGAUAUGGACGGUGCCUGUGCGGCUACGGCCGCUGGCUUCGGGAAUGGGCACGGUGACUCAGCACCUGUUCGGGGACGUUCCCACGCCACCAUUUGUUGGCUGGAUGCAAGGGGUGUUCAAUGACUGGCGGCUGACGAUGGGGUUGCUGACGCUACUCCUGAGUGUAGCGGUGGUGCUUUAUGCGAUCGGAGCCUGCCUACCGGGCAAAGACUACCGGCCUGUGGGGCAGCAGAGAGCGCUGCGCGCAGACAAGGUAGUGCCUGAUUUGGACCCAGAGGGUGCAUCCCUGUUGAGGGGUGGAUCAGGCAAUCGGGUGUCCCAUGUGAGAUAUGUCAUGUUUGCUUCCAUGGGUGACAGGGCGCGCUCAUAA